AUGGAGAAAUUGGGUUUCCCUUAUCCUAAGGACCUGGCAACUGACAUAGUCAUCAGAUCCUUGCCUGAAGAUUUUCAUAACUUUAAGUUGAACUUCUACAUGCAAGGAGGGGAGGCUACCCUGCAAGAGUUGCAUGGUUCACUAAUUCAGGCUGAGAGAAACUUACCAAAUAAACCUAAACAUAAGGAUGUUCUAAUGGUUAGUAAAGGUAAGAAGUUCAAGAAGAAAGGGGCUCCCAUGAAGAAGAACAAGGGCAAGGUAGUUGCCAAUGAGAACUCUUCAACCAAGCCAAAGGCCACUCCCAAGGCUAAGGUAGCUGCUCAACAUGAGUGCUACCACUGCCACAAGAUUGGUCAUUGGAAGAGGAACUGCCCCAAGUAUCUGGAGGAUAAGAAGACUGGUGCUUUAACUUCAGGGACUAAAAAGAAGUAGGAGCUUGAGCAAAGGCGAAGUGGAUCUCCGAGUAGGCAAUGGAGCAAGAGUUGCUGCUUUAGCUGUAGGAGAUUAUAGUUUACGCUUGCCUUCUGGUUUAAUAUUAGAACUUUAUAAUUGUUAUUACGUUCCAGUUAUUACCAAGAACAUAAUUUCUAUUCCGAUUUUGGAUUCGGAAGGUUUUUCAUUUCAAAUUAUGAAUAAUUGUUGUUCAGCAUAUUUGAAUGGUAUGUUCUAUGUCUCUGCUAAAUUAUCAAAUGGUUUAUAUGUACUAGACUUACAAAACCAUAUCUAUCACAUAGAAAACAAGAAACACAAACCAAAUGAUUUGAACCCUACUUACCUAUGGCAUUG